AUGUACCAAAUGGGUUACGUAAUGAACGGUCUGCUGUUGGGCUAUAUGUCGGACCGGUUUGGCCGGCGGCCUACCCUAUGGCUGGCUAUGAUUAUAGAGGUGUGCGGUGGAUUGUCCCUCAUAUUUUCACCGACAAUCACCAUGUAUAUAAUGAGCCGAUUUUUCAUUGGCCUUGGUGAUAGUGGUCGUGGUGUCAGUCUCUACUUGUUAAUACUGGAAACCGUUGGGACCAAAUACCGGUCGGAUAUUGUAAUGACAGUCACUUUUGGUUGGAUUACUGGGUAUAUCGCUCUACCCGGUGCUGCCUGUCUAUUGAAGGACUAUCAGUUACUACAGGCUAUACCCACAACAAUGACAUUUGUACUUAUGUGCACAUGGUUGUUGACAAUACCCGAGUCACCAAGGCAUACGGGUAUCGGUAGCUGUAGUAUCGCAGCCCGUAUUGGCUCAAUACUGGCACCGUUUGUUAGGGAAACGAGUGAACACUAUAACUUUGUCAUAUCGAUGAUGGUGUUUGGUUUGCUUGCGCUGAUGGCAACUCUACUCACAUUAUUUCUACCCGAGACUAAGGAUAAGGAUAUACCGGAUAAUAUUACCGAUGUGGAGGAACUCCGCGAUUUAUCAGGGUCAAACAGUGCCAAUAGUGAUAUGAUAACAAAUACCAAAUUUUUAAACAUUAUAAAAGAAACUGAUAAUUUAUAAUUUAUACU